UGGCCGAGCUCAGCCCGACGAUCGCAGAUCUAGAUGGCCACAAGGAUCUCUUCCGGGCUCUCUCGUCAGUCGCCAUGCUCGCUUCGCUAUAGAAAUUCUCUAGAAAUUCUCACUGAUCCAAGAUGGACAAGAUCAAGGAGCCUGGCCGGCAGAGCAAGGAUCUGGAGGGGCUGCGCGAGUGCAAGAGGCUCAUGAAGGAGUUUAGGGAGAUCAAGGAGGAGGAGUCGAUGAAUCCACCGGAUUUGACGAAGCAGCUGAAUGAAAAGGAGCAGUCACUGAUCAAGGAGCUCAACUCGUAUGUGGCCCUGCGCAAAACGUACACGAGCUCGCUGGGGAACAAAAGGUCGCAGUUGAGGGAAGGUGGCGAAUGUGCUCGCACUGACCUCACGGAUCCAAACUUAAAGAUGGUGUCCACAAUGUCAAACCAGCAACUCAUGGAUGCUGGGAAGAAAACUAUGGACGAGACGGAUCAGAGGAUUGAGCGCGUGAAAAAAGGUCCGAUCGACGCUCAAAUGACAAGUUGGCAUUCUUUUCUUCCGGGAUACACUGGUGGAGGAUCCUGUUUUGCAGCUUGCUACCAGUAGAUCCAUAUUCAUGCUCUAUGUUGAGAUCUCAAUUUCGAAGGAGCCAUAGAGAUUUGCACCGCUUAAAUUCUUUCAA